AAGCAGAGAAAGAGUACUUAGGAGAGCUCCAAAACAAAUUCAAAAAUUGCAGAUAGAAAUUGUUCACAAAAGGCAUGUGCUAGAAAUUCCCACCACUGAUUAAAUAAUAGCUCUCUGACCGGCUGCACAACCCUUUUUUUACUACACGCAUGCAUCUGCCUUUUGUCUUUGCCAUGACAACGAUUCUCCAGUAGUGAGUGGGGCGAGCCAGGCUACGGUUCCAGGCUAAAUCAAUGAGCUCAUGCAAAAGGAGGAGGGUGCGUGCACUAGUAGCAGCAGUAGCACCAGCAUAUACUGCUGCUGAUGUUGGGAAAGCACAGCACGAUGCAAUGGAAGCGGAUCCCAGUGUCAUCUGAUUUCAUCAGUUCCCGGUGUGUACAUGGAUAUAUAUCAACUGACAAGCAGUAUUAGCUGGUCAAAGCCUGCCCUUGCAAGAAGGCAGAAACUGAAAGGUCUUUUCCUGUGAGUAAACUGACUUGUGCACAUGCGGCUGUUGGUUGGAAUACAGAAGAGUAACCAUCCUUGUGGAGCUGAGGUUUCUGGGACUUGUGUUAUUUGGGGAUAUAACAUAGUGGCGAAGAGUUAUUCCAAUCUGCAAAUGAAAGAGGUCUGAAAAAAUUGAUAAACUGGAAAUGGAUAUAAUGAUGAAGAGUCUUUCAUGCAAUGAGAGUAUGGACUUUGAUGGAUGAACAAAGAGCCUCCAGAACAGAAGAUGAGAAGGCUAAAUGAAGGAACGUAAUACAGCAGCCAUCCAAAUUCACCAGUUAUGAAAAAAUGGGUCUUCCCCUUUAAAAGAAAUACAGACACACAUUCAGAUUUACCAUCAAAAAUGUCUAAAAAGGGGCGUAUGAAGGGUGAGAAGCCAGAAGCUCUCAUUCUGUCCUUACAGGCUGCUAAUGAAGACCUCAGGACUAAGCUGACUGACAUUCAGAUAGAGCUUCACCAGGAGAAAAGUAAGGUAAGCAAACUUGAAAGAGAAAAGUUACAGGAGACAAAACGAAUCAGAGAACAAGAACAGAACAAGUACACAGUCAUGGUCACAGAGCUCAAAGCAAAACUCCACGAGGACAAAAUGAAGGAACUACAGGCUGUUCGGGAGAACUUACUCAAACAGCAUGAGCAGGACAUUAGUCGAAUGUCAAAAGUUAAAGACUCAGAAAUUCAGCGUCUCAAAGCACUGCUGAAUGCUGUGAGGGAUGGAAGCAGUGACAAAGUAAGGACAGCUCUGACAAAUGAAGCCAGAGAAGAGGCCAAGAAACAAUUUGAUGCUGAGCGCCUUAAACUUUUACAAGAAAAUGCUGAACUCAAGUCAGCAAAGAAACAAGCAGAAGAAGCACUUAAUAACAUAAUUCAUGCAGAUCGAAUUAAAGCGGGAGAACUACGGAGUGAGCACCAUUCUCACCAGGAAGCAAUAAACAAAAUCAAAUGGGAAUGUGAAAGGGAUAUCCGCAGACUGAUGGAUGAAAUCAAAUCAAAAGACAGGACAAUCUUUGCUCUGGAAAAAGAACUGGAGACUCAGACUGGCUAUUUACAGAAACUGCAGCUACAAAAAGAAGCCCUUGAUGAACAGCUCUUUCUAGUAAAAGAAGCCGAGUGUAACAUGAGUAGCCCCAAACGAGAGAUCCCUGGGAGGGUUGGAGAUGGAUCUGAGCACUGCGGCAGUCCGGAUCUUAGAAGAAACCAGCGAAAGAUUGCAGAGUUGAAUUCUACAAUACGGAAACUUGAGGACAGAAACACGUUACUUGUAGAUGAGAGAAAUGAACUUUUAAAACGAGUUAGAGAAGCAGAAAAACAAUACAAACCUCUACUGGACAAGAACAAGUGCCUCACGAAGAGAAAUGACGAGUUGACCCAGGCUUUGCAGCGCAUGGAAGAAAAACUGAAAGCCCUCCUAAAAGAAAAUGCAGAAAUGAAAGAGAAAGUAGCCUCCCACCCACCAUUGAAAAAGCUGAGGUCCCUCAAUGAUCUGGAUCAAGCCCAUGAAGAGCAGGAAGUCGAAUUCUUGAAAUUGCAGGUCAUUGAACAGCAGAAUAUUAUUGACGACUUAACAAGGGACAGAGAAAAAUUAAUUAGACGCAAGAGACAUAAAAGAAGUUCAAAGCCAAUCAAGAGACAUAUAGUAGACACAUUUUUUGGGUAUGAUGAAGAAUCCAUGGAUUCAGAAACAUCAUCUGUAGCCUCAUUUCGCACUGACAGAACACCAGCAACUCCAGAUGAUGACCUGGAUGAGGGCUUGGCAGCAGAAGAAUCAGAACUGCGAUUUCGACAGCUGACCAAAGAGUAUCAGGCACUUCAGCGGGCAUAUGCACUGUUACAGGAACACACAGGGAGCAUUCUGGAUGCAGAACGAGAAGCAAAGGCACGUGAGGAACUACAGGCUGAAGUUCUCAGGUGUAAAGCAAAAAUUGAAGAUCUGGAAACAACGCUAUCAGAAAAAGGACAGGAUUCUCUAUGGGUUGAAGAAAAACAGUUGUUUAUUAAAAGAAACCAGGAACUAUUAGAAAAGAUAGAGAAACUGGAAGCAUGCACAAGUAGGUUACAACAAGAGCUUCAAGAUUCCAGAGACCAGAAUGAACUGUUAGAAUUCCGGAUUCUAGAACUUGAGGAAAGAGAGAGGCGGUCUCCUCCAUUUAAUCUCCAAAUCCAUCCGUUUUCAGAUGGUGUGAGCGCACUUCAGAUGUAUUGCAUGAAGGAGGGAGUGAAGGAUGUAUGUAUUCCGGAUCUUAUAAAGUUACUAGACAUUCUAGGAGACAAUGGGAAUCUGAGAAAUGAAGAACAAGUAGCCAUUAUUCAGGCUAGCACGGUGCUGUCUCUCGCUGAAAAGUGGAUACAGCAGAUUGAAGGAACCGAAGCAGCUUUGCACCAGAAGAUGGUGGACCUGGAAAUAGAAAUGGAGAUGUUCUGUAAACAGAAGGGUUACUUAGAAGAAGAACUUGAUUACAGGAAGCAGGCCCUUGAUCAAGCAUACAUGAGAAUCCAGGAGCUGGAAGCCACCCUCUAUAACACAUUACAACAGGACACUGUGAUCAAGUUUGGAGAAUCACUGAAUGAGAAACAGAAAGAAGAGCUGAGCACAGCUGUUGAAAAGCUAAGGCGGCAGAUGUUGAGGAAGAGCAGGGAAUAUGAUUGCCAAAUACUCCAGGAAAGAAUGGAGCUGCUGCAACAGGCACACCAGAGAAUUAGAGAUCUAGAAGACAAAACUGAUAUUCAGAAGAGGCAGAUCAAAGAUUUAGAAGAGAAGAGUACCUGUCCUGGACACAUGGAUAAUUUUCUUGAAUGGCUCUAUGCUUCCAGACAUAAACAUAAAGAACAUUGUUUACAGUAUCUAGUACCUGUAGCAAAGUCUACAACAAUAUAUUUUAUAUAAGCCAUCAUUUAAGAUGUGUUACUGGACAGUUCCUAUGUGAUCCUGUCUAAAGCUCCCAAAAAUGCUGCAUUUCAUGAGGAUCUGUGUGGUGGAACAUUGGAGCACUGGAACUCAGUUCUAGAAUGGAAGAACUUGAACAAAUUGAGCAAAACGCUUGUUAGACAUGGAACCAAAGUUAGGAACAUCAUAUCCCUGCUGUGCAGGGGGGCAUUUUAGUGUUACACUGUCACUGAAUGCAGGACAUUGGGGAUAUAAAAAUAUAAAGAAUGAAAAAUAAAUUGUUUAGUUCUUGGAAACCUCUGUAAUUAAACACUUAACUUGAUUAAUAUUAAAAGUGACUAAAAAUGACAUUUUUAUGUAAACCAAUAAAAUGAUAAAACACUUCGUAUGCUA